AUGGCUGUUUCUUCUUCUUCUUCAUUUCCUAAUGCUAUUUCUCCUCAAGAAAAGCAUGAUGUUUUUCUCAGUUUUAGAGGUCUGGACACUCGGGACCAGUUUACUAGCUACCUUUAUGAGGCUUUAUGUAGGAAGCAAAUUUAUGUAGAAGGUAAGCCAGUGGAGGUAUGCUUUAAGAGAAGUGUCCCAUCUUUGUGGCUUGUGUCAAAGGAUUUCAGACCUGAGUACAAGUUAGUUCAAAGAGUUGUUGAAGAUAUUUCAUGGAAGUUGCAUAAAAAUCUAUCAUCAAAUGAUAGCUCAAAGGGAUGCCUCAUAGGGAUUGAAAAACGUAUCAAAGAAAUUGAAUCAUUAUUAUGCAUUGGCUCAACAGAUGUUUGCAUUGUAGUAGGUAUUUGGGGUAUGGCAGGCAUUGGUAAGACCACCCUUGCUAAAGGAUGA